UUUAAUAUAAUUACACACAAACGCCACAAGACAUUAAAAAAACUAAUGCUUAGGGAAUAGCCCGUUUAGGCGAGGACACACGGGGUGCAGGUCCCACGCUAUUUGAAAGUGUGUGUGUCGGGGGUGGGGGGUGGCGAGAUUCAGGACCCUAUCUGUUGCAAAGAUUUCAAGGGCAUUAUCUGAUUAUGCUUACCUGAGACAAUUUCAGGGAUUCAAAUACUAUAGGCCUAGGCUACAGCAUUUCCUGCAUUCUGGACACAAUAAUAGUUAAAAAGGAAGGAGGCACCACUGCCCCAAUCCCCCCCCCCCCAUCCCCGUACCGCGAACCUUGACUUGAAAGCCCGGGGCUUGAGGUACCGAUUUAUAUAGGGUGCCCGGGGGUGUCACUAUGUGGUAGGGUCAAUACUGAUAGGCUAGCUCGAGGACGCUGGAGCUAGUUCCCACGGACAUAUAAAAAAGAAAAUUCGCAUGAAGCGAGGGAAGGAGCGGUCGACAUCGAAGCAACCCCCACUUAACAGCUUUUGAGUUUGAAGAAACUAUGGUGAUGAAUGAACUCUGACCCGGAAAUGUAAACUGAAGCUCAGCCUCAGGACCGAUAACUCACUUGUUUUUGCCAACAACGAAAACAAUCCAGGAAAUUAUAAUCAUUUUUAAUAGUUUUAAACAAAAUAUAAUCCAAAUGGCGAGUAAUGCGGAAAAGGGAUACCAGCAGGACGAUGUUCCUCCUCCGUAUUCCCAAGAUGUCCAUAGCAGUGAUGUGCCUUUACCUUCCUACAACCAGUCAGUGAUAAACACAGCUGACCCCCCGCCUUCUUAUGACUCUCUGUUCGGACGGGUCAAGCAGGUGCGAGGAGAAUCCAGCAGCAAUGUUGACUUCAUGAAGAAAUUUAUUUUCCUUCUUCUCGGAACAGUUGGCUGCACAAUAUGUAUUGGAUUGGUAAUGGCUAUUCCUGUGUCUAUGAUUGUCAUGGGUGCUGUCUACCUGCAUGAUUGUCCAGCAGAACGCUACAUCCCAAUCUACCUGGUUGUGAUGGGCUGUUUCGGGGUCUUCAAGAAUCUGCUCAGCCUGGGUCAGCGCGCCAAGAAUAGGAAUGAAGAAACGAACGAAGAAGAAGGAGGAGGAGGAAAGAAAAAAACCUGUUUGGAAUCUGUCCUGGGCGCUUUCAUGUUUGCUUGGUUCAUUGCUGGAAAUGUGUGGAUCUAUCGUCUGUAUGGAGACUACGAUGGUUUCGACAUCACCAAGAGCAACUACUGCUACAACACCCUGUACUUGUACGCCUUCUGGAUGACGACUGCCACCUACAUCCUCAUACUGACUGUGUGCUGCUGCACCUGUUUCGGGACUCUCCUUGCCUCCUGUCUCAAGCCAUAAUGGGUUACAGCAAACACUUUCAGCUAACGGUGUUUGUUUUCAAGUUCCGAGCUAACCGUAAACACAAAUAUGGUUUCUGCAGUCUGUUUUACCUACUGUAUACAACCGUGUCCGGUGUAUCGGCGCGUCCGGUGAUUCGGCGCACUUGGUAUUUUGCUUAAGUAAGCUUAGGAAGUUGUCAUGUUGUCGGGGUUUUUAACGUAUUAAAGUUCACUUCCUUUUUCAGUGAUUAAUCAAGUAUCAACAUUUAUUGUUACGGGUUUAAUAAAAAAAAUUUUUAUAAUUAUCAAUAAUUAUAUCAUAAUUUCAAAAUAAAUCAUUCACCUGUUUUCAUGUCUAUAAACGCGAACUAGGUCAGCCUUAUUGAUAUUAAGAAUGUUAAAACCAGUCUAAAAAUACCUUUCCCACAUUUUUAAAAUUAUAGUAAACUAAUUAUUUUUGUUCGAUUAUUUUUAUUUAAACUGAAAAGGAAAACACAGACAAAUGCAAACAAAAUGAAACUUUUACACCUUAAUUGAUAGUCAUUCCAAUUCACAAUUAUCACAUUGUUAUAAAAAAUAAAAGCGAAAUAAGAUCCACGUGUGUGCACAAUCUACCCGAGAAAAAUAAAAUCCAUGUAGGCAUCUUAAAUAGGAUAAUAGCCAUGCAUGACAAUGAACAUGUAUGCAUCUCAAGAACAGACUCAAGAAAACGAGUCCGAAAUUGAUCAUGAGAUGGGUCACUGUGAUCGUUCAUUUUCAUAGUAAUAUUUUUAACAAGACAAAACAAAAAAGUACUAAAAUAAUUCUGGGACAACAGUGUAGCGUUUAUGGGCUAAAAGUGAGGUCAUGGGCGGUCUAUAAAUAGCAGGGUCAACGAUCCACACCUGCGCCGAAUCACCGGACAUGCAAAUCGUUUUGGAUACAAGGGGGUGCCUAUAUUUAUGCACCAUUUUAAAAUGUUUAUUUACUACAGACAUAAAACAAUUUGUAGUGUAUUUCAGAUUAUGCACAGCUUCAUUGGUGAGAGACACAUUUUAUUAAGUAUUUCACAGUGUUCACAUAGAAAAUGGUCCUUGAAAGCUUAGGUGCGCCGAUACACCGGACAGCACUGUACCUGUAAUUCCUGAUCUAUUUUACCUACUGUAUACCUGUAAUUCCUGAUCUAUUUUACCUACUGUAUACCUGUAAUUCCUUAUCUGUUUUACCUACUGUAUACCUGUAAUUCCUUAUGUUUUACCUACUGUAUACCUGUAAUUCCAUAUCUAUUUUACCUACUGUGUACCUGUAAUUCCUGAUCUAUUUUACCUACUGUAUACCUGUAAUUCCUGAUUUAUUUUACCUACUGUACCUGUAAUUCCUGAUCUAUUUUACCUACUGUGUACCUGUAAUUCCUGAUCUAUUUUACCUACUGUACCUGUAAUUCCUGAUCUAUUUUACCUACUGUAUACCUGUAAUUCCUGAUCUAUUUUACCUACUGUUUACCUGUAAUUCCUGAUCUAUUUUACCUACUGUGUACCUGUAAUUCCUGAUCUAUUUUACCUACUGUGUACCUGUAAUUCCUUAUCUAUUUUACCUACUGUGUACAUGUAAUUCCUGAUAAUUAGUCAAAAGAAUUUAUUUCUACUUUUGCUUUAACAUAAGCACUGCAGAGCAUCUUACAAAAUGCCUACCCUAAACGUUCCAAACUUUAUUAAAAGACCAUUAUUAUUUAUAUUUAUAUGUCAUUCUGAAUUAUUUUCAGUACGUACACUACACAGCUGUAGACUGAGAAAAUACUCAAGGGAGGUAACUCAGUCUUUCCCCCCCCCCCCCCCCCCCCCCCCCCCUUUUAGCCACAAAUGGAGGAUUUUUUAAUUUUAGAUUAUAGCUAUUAUUGGAUAUAAAAACAUAUGUAAUGUCCUCUCUGGAUAUUUGACUUCUACGUGGCCAAAAAAUAGUUUUGUCUGGUUUUCACUUUCCUUCAUUACAGAGCUAACCUUUCAGUUUGAGCUUGUACUUUUUAUGUGAAACCUCUCUUAAAAUUUGUAUUAAAUAUUUGAUGCAGAAUAUUUUAGUAGGUUAAAAAUACCUUUUGCCUUUCUAUGCUGUAUAAUAUGAAAAGAAUACUCUGAAAAAUAACCAGUGGACCUAUACUUCAGUAGUAACUUGGGCUGCAGCAAGCCAGAUUUUGUUUAAGGAAUGGUGAAGCAAUAUUAAGGUAACAUAUCGCCUCAUUCUUACUAUAGAAACCAGCAUUAAUAGUCCCGUCUGUGGGCUGAUGACUUUUUCUGUACUCUUUACUUUAAUGACAUUCUUUUUUCUUGCUUGGGAGUCUUUUCUUUUUUUUCUGUUUUUUUUUCUUCUGUUUUUUGGACAUCCAUCAUUAUUUGAGAUGUGAUCUAGGUCAGUUAGUUAACGUUGAUCAUUGAAUCAAAUUCCCUCAGUCAACUCAUUCUCUGACUGGGGUUUUUCUAGUCCCAACCAGUGCUCCGUCACUGGUAUAUCAAAGGCUGUGGUAUGUACUGUCCUGUCUGUGGGAAAGUGUAUAAAAAUUAUCCCUUUCUGCCAAUAGAAAAAUGUAAUGAGUUUCCUCUAAGGCUGUAUAUUAAAAUAACCGAAAUUUGACAUCCAAUAACCGAUGAUUAAAUCAGUGUGCUCUAAUGGUGUCGUUAAACAAAACAAACUUUAAUUUUCAUCAUUAUUUGGUUUAUUGAUAUUACCACUCUCAUUGUUUAAUCUGCACGAAUGAAUUAAUAGCAUUGUGAGAUAUGUUUUAAAAGGUGUAGCUAAAGUCACUUUUUAUAUUUCAUAGCCAAAUAAAGUUAGUUUUGUUUAACGACACCACUAGAGCACAUUGAUUUAUUAAUUAUUGGUUAUUUGUCAAACAUUUGUCAAGUUUUCAUAGGCAAAUAAAGCCUCAUAAAUCAUGUUAGUUUUUUUAUUCCUCUUUGGGUGAAAGAAUCUACCAUAGUAAAUUCAUCUUCAGUACUCAUUACUGAGCUUCCAACUCAGCUUGUUGAUUCGUAUCAUCUGACUCUUUAAUAUAAGGACAUCACUUGUUCUGUCUGGACUUCGAAGACAGCACGUGACACAUUUUCUAUGAUUAUUAUUGUUGUUUAUUUUUUUAUUGUUGUUUAUUAGUCUGAUUUAAUCCUUUGACUAAGUGUGAAAGAUACACCAGACACUCAAUUGCUGAUUAAACAAUGUGCUGAGGUGUCUUUUAACAUUUCUUUCUUCAGACAUGGGCUCAAAACUAAGUUUGUUUAUUGAACAAUUGUGCCUUCUGCCUUUUUGUAUUUUUCGAAUAAGAUAUUUUUUUUAGGUAAAAAAACAAAGAAGUGAAGAUUAUACUCAAGUAGAUGUCAUGUAAAAAAAUCAUCCUUAUAAAAAUGUAUGUUUUUCGUCACUUCUAAACUAUCUUGAAUGAGGAGUACACUCUUUGUUUCCACUUUGAUAUGUUUCUUUUUUGUGGUGUGUUUUUAUUUUAAAUGAGCUUAAAAUACUUUUAUCUAAACUAUUACAGAGCAUAAUAUUUCAAGAGAACCGUUGUUCUGUUUGCAGCUUUAAAUUUACGCAAACCUGCCAGUCAGUUAUGUGGUGAACCAUUACAAUUAAGGGUUAUGAACUAAAGCGGCAUUCUCAUCGUGCCAUUAGUCACACCAACUUGUCGUAUGCGAAUUGUCGGCCCUACAAAAAUGAGAAUGUAUAAGACUAAAGUUGUUCCGAUUUAGGUGUUCUCACAGUACUUUUCGAUCCCAUUCAACAAUUCGGUGCAAUUAAUAGCAUAAUGAGAACACCCCUUUAAUGAUCACUGAAAUUCUAUGAAUUACAAAAAUCAAUGUACUCCAGUUUUUGGACACUUGAUGUGCAGCACAAAAAUUAUCCCUCACUGCAAUUUUUUAAAAUUUAAAAUCUGUUUAAAAUGUCACAACAGUACAGAAAAACCAUAAAACAAGUGUAUUAGGCAACUGACAGGUUAUGUAAAUAUAAUUCACCUAACCGAAAUCAUUUGAACCGAUUUCCAGUUACCUAAGAUUUAAAAAAAUAUUGUCCUCUACAAUGCUUAAAUUAUUGACAGUACGCAUUAACAAGUGUGUGUUCUUCUACUCUCAAUAUACAUGUAACAUAAUGAUUACAGUUCACAUAUCAACUUCAUAUGGUCUUGAAAUACCUGACUACAAUCUAAACUCUAACUGGACGCUUGGCCUGUUCCACUUUCUAAUUGAUGUCACUAUAGAUUUACAGGUGUUAUCAUCUGUUUGAUGUCACUAUAGAUUUACAGGUGUUAUCAUCUGUUUGAUGUCAUUAUAGAUUUACAGGUGUUAUCAUCUAUUUGAUGCUCACAAAGUAGUUUAGUUAACCAUGUAAUCACAUUACAGAACAUUUUCACCAUUGGUUUAAAAUGAUUGAGAAUAAAAGCUCAUAUUGACUUGAUGGGGCACGUGCUUGCGGUCUAGCUAAAAAACUAUUUGACAUACCUUAGUAUCAAUUAGAGCAUCUGGACUGGAUGCGUGUGGUGCAUGCAUCUGCAAGACGCAUGCGACCAACCACAAUGAAAUAAUUCUAUAUGUUGUAUACACAAUGUAUAUGCCCGAAACACAAGCAGCAGACACAUCGGGAAUUAACAGUCGGACUGCAUGCAAGCACCACAUCCAGUUUAUAUGAACCAUAACAAUGACCAUGGGCAAGGCCAGGCAUAGUCAUUAACAGAAGUUAGAUUUAAAGUCUGACAUUAUUGACGAAUUUUGAAUUAUUAUUAUUUUUUUUUAAAACAAAUUAACAUUGUUAAUACUGAAAAUAAAAAACUAUACAGACAAAUAUGACAUAUCCACUCUAGAUACAUGUACCACUGUAAAGCCAUUUUCGCUUUUUAUUGUUUCUGCACAUUGUUACUCUUUUCACUGAUUAGUUUUACACACAUUUUGACAUUAUUGACCAUAUCUUCUCAUUUAAAAAAAAUUCUAUAUGGUUUGUUUUACUAAUUCGCAAGUGGUAAUUGUGUUUGAUAGGAAUUUUUUACUUUAUUAUCUUGUUCUACCUGUUAACAUUGUGGUGACUACUAAUUUUUCAUUUUGUUCUCCAGAUUAGUUGGCACAGUUUUAAUACGAUAUUACACAUCUAAUAGUCAAUCACUGUUUUUGAUUAAAUAAUGCACCAGAAUGUUAAACACAUUAUUUUCCUUUCAUUUUGAAAAAAGAAGAAGAAAUGUUAUGAAUUGGUAUGAGUUUAAAUCUCAAUAAUGUAUUUUUGUACAAGUUAUUAUUCAUUAUUAAUUAAAGAAUUAUGUGCCAAUUAAUCAGAUUUUUUAAAAAGUGCAAACAAAAUAUAAACCAAUAUUAAAAAUGUAAAUUAAACAAAAUCGCCUCCCCCCACCCCACAUACACACCAUUCAUCAGUUAUCCUACCUUUGUUUUGACACCCAAUGGCCGAUGUGUAUUUUUGUGCUGGGGUGUUGUUAAAUAUUCGUUCAUUCAUUCUGUUAGCCAAGUCCAGUUACAUCUUAUUAAUGUUUACACAUACGUAUUUGUUUUACAUGCCCUUAUCCACUUACAGAUAUAUGUGUAUUCAGUUUAAGCCUCUAUGCAAUAGCAUAUCUAGGACUGCCAGGAUCGUUGGGUGUUGGGUACGGGGCACAGGAGACGUCUACUUGAUUAUAAUGGGACAAUGCUAAUAUCAGUAUUGUUUUUUUAAUGUGGUCCUGUCUGGAUGUUUUGGUUUAAAAAAACUAGCAUAUCAGAUUAGUGUUUGGAAAUGGUUGGAACUGAAAAAGUGUUUCCCAUGAAAUUUGAAAUCCUAUGGUCUGUUCUACUAGUGAUAUGAAAUAAUGACAUAAUUUACUAGUAGUCUGUUGUGUUGUAACUCUUGAUCUGUUCUGUUUUUGUUACUUUUUAUAAUUUGGAAUUAGUGAGUAUAUUAUUUAAUUACCAUAUAGCUUGUUUGUCAGUUUAUUGUAUUGAUAAUUACAGGUCGUUUGUCAGUCAAGACAUUGUUCUGAUAAUUACAGUAUUUGUUGGUUUAAUACAUGUAUAUUAUAUUGAGAUUUUAGUAUCAAUCUACUGAGAUUUACUAUGGACUGAAACCAUUUUUCUUAUUUCUUGAUAGGCUCCUAAUAAUAUUAUUAUUUAUUAUUAUAUUGCUUCAAAACAAAUAAUCUAUUUAUAUAUAUUUAAGUGCAUUAAUGGUGUUGGUUUGAAAAAAAAAUAUUGUACAUAUAAUUAAUUUAUAAACAUUUUAAUGCUAUUACUUUAUACUUUUAUGAUGUACAUGUAUAUUGCAUAAUAAAUGUCUCCAUAAUUUGAUUUCCAUAUGGACUAUAAAAUAUUUGAUUAUUUUAUUUCGGAUCUUUUUCUACUUGAUAUAUGUAGUUCUAAGUAGUUUUUUUUGUGUGAAUUGUUUUUUUAAAUAUUGAAGGUUAAUAGUUUAGAAUUUUUUUAAAUAUUGUAUAUUUGAAUAAGAAAAUGUGUAUACAAUGUAUACAGAUAUAUACAUGUAUAUAAACUAGAAUCCAAGCCCAUAUUUAUACAUGUAGUUUACUAGUUUAUAAGCCAGAAAAACAAGCAAAUUGUUAAAUAUAGUGUAUUAAAUAAUCAUAGGCCAGAAUCCUUACUGAGCUACAUUGAAGGUUAGGGUGACCAAAAAUGUGUUGAAUAUACAUGUACGUAUAUUAAUGUUUUAAGCAAGAAAAUGUAAGUACCCUGUUAAUACAUUUUAAAAUUUAUUUAAUAAUUAAAAAAGACGUUGAAUUGGCUAAAACAUGUUAAAAUGGCUUGAAACUGAGAAUAAUCCCAUUCAUGAUUUUUAUACAUUAAAGUGACAGACCCUAGUUUUUAAACACUACAUCAUAUUUUUCAUUAUUAGAACCAGGUUUUUUUUAUAACUGAAACCAGACAUUACUUAGAUUCUCUUGUUUAGAUUAUCAUUUUCCAUAAUAUAUCUGAAGCAUUUCUGGUCAUCCUGUUGUUUCCAAUACCACAAAAUGCAUUUUUGAUAUUUUAAAAACACAUGUCUCUCUGACAAGUACUGAUUAUGAAGAUGUGUUCUAGUCUACUUUUGAACAACACAGACGCUUGUUUCACCGUCUUGUAACUACAUGUGUAUACAGACGUGUUACAGGUUUGUAGAUUAACCAAACUUAGUGACCAUUUUCUGCAACUAAGAGAAACAAAUACUAAAAACAAACUACAUUUAAAACGUGUAGGGUAUAGACUCUGAGCCACAUUGCUGACAUUACCAGAGAGGUUAAUACAUGAUCACUGAAAUAUAAUUCUGUGAAACCAGUCUAAACCAGAUCACACUGGGGAUUUAGUAUAGACUCUGAGCCACAUUGCUGACAUUACCAGAGAGGUUGAUGCAUGGUCACUGAAAUAUAAUUCUGUGAAACCAGUCUAAACCAGAUCACACUGGAGAUCUAGUAUUUAUCCAAUUUAGACAGGAUAAGGUGUUUCGAGGGUCAUAUGUUAUUUUUUUUUAAAUUGGAACCAUAAAACGUGGCCAGUUUUGAGAAUAUUCCUGUUUGUCCAGGGUCCGGUUUAGACAGGUUUCACUGUAUUAUAUUUCAGUGUCCAUUAACCUCUCUGGACCUCUCUGGUAAUGCCAGCAAUGUGGCUCCAAGUCUUUACCUUACACAUGUUUUAAAUGUAAUUUAUUAAUAAUUAAGGCUUUUUAAUAGCAUAUUUGAUGGAUAUAGUUAUAUUUGUAUUAAAUGUAGUUAUAUAUUAUUAUUUUUAGAGAUUUAUUGUUGUUAAAUGUACAUGUAUUAACAUAAAUUGACAAUCAUUCGACCCCUAAAGAGAAAAUAAACAAACAAGGAUGAUAAACGAAAAAUAAAACAGACAAAGAGUGAAAAAGACUGAUGAAGUAACUAAUUAUUGUAGCACGUGAAAAGGUGGUCAUCUUUCACCCACUUGGUCAUCUUUCACCCACUUGGUCUGAAUGAACUGGAAAUAUUUCAUGAAAAUAAAUAUAAAAUAAAAUGCUCACUGCAA